GCGCGGUUGCGUUUCUCGCCCUGUCUAUUGGGCGCGGAGUAAAGCCCGCCCCUCUUCCGCAUCUGCUUUCUCUCAGCGGGGGAAGCGUUGCGCAACAACGGACCAGCGGGGCGGGGAAACCCGCUGCCUGCUAGCGGGAAGAAAUUGCUUCCGCCCGGCUGCCAGGCUGCGUGCGUCACACCCGUGCGCCGGCGUGGCCGCCGUUGUGUGUCGGCUGCGGCGACGUAGGGGCCCGCGAGCCCUCCCUCGACGGAACUGGCGGGGGGGGUUGCGCUCGCGAGCGCCCAGCGCUUCCGGCCGCCGCGCGGAGCCUGUGCGCAACGGCCCGGCCCCCGCGGGCGGAUGCGGCGCUGCCUGCUCUUUGCAGAAAGAAGAAAGAUGGAAAGUAAUGCUGUUUUACUUGAAUCUAAGUCUUCACCAAUCAACCUGCUAAAUGAAAUGCAUCAGCUGCGUCUUCUGGGCCACCUGUGUGAUGUGACGGUUAGUGUGGAGUAUCAAGGUGUCCGGGGAGAGUUUGUUGCUCACAAAGCUGUGCUAGCAGCAACAAGUAAGUUUUUCAAGGAGGUGUUUCUUAAUGAGAAGAGCAUGGAUGGCCCAAGGACAAAUGUGUUCUUGAAUGAGGUCCAGGUAGCUGAUUUUGCUUCCUUUCUUGAAUUUGUUUAUACUGCCAAGGUAGAAGUGGAAGAAGACCGAGUGCAACGGAUGUUGGAAAUAGCUGAAAAGCUAAAGUGCUUGGACCUCUCUGAAACCUGUUUUCAGCUGAAGAAACAAAUGCUUGAAUCAGUGUUGUUGGAGUUGCAAAAUUUCUCUGAAACUCAGAACUCUGAGGAGGAGGGCGGUUCCCAGCCAGCCGUCUCCUAUGAGUCCAAAGCAAAUGUUGUAGCAGAAAUUGACCAUGCAAACUUUCUUCCUGAUCCUCCAGAAUCCCCAGCAGAAAGGCCCAGCAAUGGAAUGUCUCCUGAGCUGCCAGCUGUUAAAUCGAAGGAGAAGGUAGACAAAAAAAAAGAAGCCAUUAAGCCACCAUAUGCUAAAAUCAGAAGGGCCAGUGGAAGGCUGGCUGGGAGAAAGGUGUUUGUGGAAAUCCCUAAGAAGAAAUACACGAGGCGACUGCGAGAGCAGCAAACAAAUGCGGAGGUCGCUGCAGAAGAGAACAAGUUCCCAAACGACCAAACCAUGUUUGAAAUGGAGAAAGAAGAGGAGCAAGUGGAGAACACGGUGAAGCCUGAAAAUGAAGAGUGUGUUGGCAACUUUGAAUCUGAAGAAAACCUUAACAAAUCUGAAGAGGAGAAGAAGAAACGAGGUGACAACUUCAAAUGCAGCACGUGCAAGAAGGAGUUCUUAUAUGAGAAGAGCUUUCUCAAGCACAUCAAGCACAGUCAUGGCAUUGCAGCUGAAAUCAUUUACCGAUGUGAAACCUGCAACCAGACCUUUGCCAACCGGUGCAAUUUAAAAAGUCACCAACGCCACGUCCACAGCAGUGAGCGCCACUUCCCUUGUGAAUUCUGCGGUAAGAAGUUCAAGAGGAAGAAGGACGUCAAGAGGCACAUUCUUCAGGUUCAUGAGGGUGGUGGGGAGCGUCAUCAGUGCCAACAGUGUGGAAAGGGUUUGAGCUCCAAAACUGCCUUGAGGCUUCAUGAAAGGACGCACACAGGCGACAAACCUUAUGGGUGCACAGAGUGUGAGGCUAAAUUUUCUCAGCCUUCUGCACUUAAAACACACAUGAGAAUCCAUACUGGUGAAAAACCAUUUGUCUGUGAUGAGUGUGGUGCCAGAUUCACACAGAAUCACAUGCUUAUAUAUCAUAAAAGAUGUCACACGGGGGAAAGGCCUUUUAUGUGUGAAACAUGUGGAAAGAGCUUUGCCUCUAAGGAGUACUUGAAACAUCAUAACAGAAUACAUACUGGUUCCAAGCCGUUUAAAUGUGAAGUUUGCUUCAGGACAUUUGCACAGAGAAAUUCACUUUACCAGCAUAUUAAAGUUCACACAGGUGAACGUCCCUAUUGCUGCGAUCAGUGUGGUAAGCAGUUCACACAGCUCAAUGCACUGCAGCGUCAUCAUCGAAUACACACAGGGGAGAAACCCUUCAUGUGCAACGCAUGCGGGCGAACAUUUACCGACAAAUCCACCCUCCGGCGGCACACCUCAAUACAUGAUAAAAAUACACCUUGGAAGUCUUUCCUGGUUAUUGUUGAAGGAGCAUCUAAGAACAACGAAGGGCACAAGGCAGAACUUCCUGAUGCAGAGUAUGACGUGUCACCCAAAAUCACAGAGAAGCUGCUCUCUAUUGCUGAAAAUGGCCACUACCAGAACUUGACUAUUGUCCCAGGGAGUGUGACCACACUGCAUGACAAUGGCUGUACCAUGGGGACAGACUGUAAGUCUGAUGGGACAGUGGGACCCCAAGAAGCCCUCAUAGCUACCACUUUAAGUGAGCUUACAGUGCUGCAUACACAGACUGACUCUAUUCAACCACAGCUCCACGCUCUGGUAAACAUGGAAUAAGUUGGUAUUGUUCACAUAUCCAACCUGGACUAUAAUUCUUUCAUACCCUUUGACUCUGCCAAUAACCCAUGGAUAGAAUUAGGUCAGGCUAAUUCUCCUCAUUAGGAAGAGGGACUGGCUGUGAAUGGCAUCCCCAUGAUUUCUUGAAUUUCAGAUCUCCUUUGUGACUAUGAAGUGGUCAUUAUUUCCAAUUUGCGUAGUCUGGCUGUAGCUCCUUUUCCCAAAGAAUAGGGUAGAAUAGUAACUACCAGUUGGAGGAGCAGGGGAGGGGGCAGUUCCCUGUCCCCAUCACAUUAGUAUGGCAGUCUUGAAAUUCACUGGUCUCUGAUGUCAUGGCAUUGUUCAUUUAUUCUAUCCGUUUAAUCUCUGGAAGUGUAUCCAUCCAAGAUCUUUUACUUAUCCUUUUCUGCAAAGGUAUGUUGAACCCGUUCACCCCUUGGCAUGGAUAUGCUAGGAGCAGUUCCUUAGGAAAGAGAGAGGGCAUAGGUUUGAUUCGGCUUCCCACCAGCUUGAUUCCACAAUGUGGGUAAACAACAAUGCUUUCACGUCUCUGGGCCUGAUAGCUAAUGGAAUUCGGUUAAUUUUCUCUGGAAAUAGGUCUCACUUAAAAUGGUUAAAACCAUUUCCUGAAAUUAAUUUUCCUCUCUGCCUUUUCCAAAGAUUGGAGCAGUAGGAGCAAGUCUGGAAAAGCAGAGUUGCAUUCCAAGGGGUCUCAUUUUGCAAUAGCAAAAAUGUGGAGACUUCAGGCUGUAGGAUUUGGUGUUACAAAAUGGAUUACAAUGUCUUGAAAUAGCUUGUGGCCUUCUAUUUCUGACUUCCAGUAAUAUAUGUCAGAGCUUUUGAUCCAAAAGGUUUCAUCCAGCAGGCUUAAUAUUUUUGGCCUAUUAAUUGCUCUAACAUAAAAGCUUUACUCCUUCAGAACUUGAAGCUUUUGCAUAAGAGACUAACCUCCCUUCAGCAAAACUACCUCAUGGAAGGCUCUCAGGGCUGCUCUGUGUUUGUUUUGCUAUAGGAGCUGUACAAAGCCUAGUAGAGGCACUGGCUGUAGCAGCAAAAAUCUUCUUGUUGAUUAGACCACUCUCCCCACACUCUGCCACCUCUGAAAGAGCUCUUGUCACUAAGUUAAUGUCUGCCCAGGGGGUUGCUGUCAUAGUCAUCAGUGAUGGGUGUGUUUUCUCUUCUUCCUUAGGUGUCCUACUACAACUUUGUAGUAUAGAUCAGGCCUUAAAUUACAGGAUUAAGAUUUAAAGCCACUGCAGGGGCUGGAAGAAAAAAAAAGAUAAAUGAUGUAGUUCUCAAACUCAUACACCUUCAUUUUACAAUUGGAUCUGAUACAGCAGACCUCCACUGACUUAAUAGGGCUUCAUACAAGGGCAGGGAAAGAUCCAUUUGCAAGAGGUGUCUGUGCAUGGUAUGUGGAAAACAGUGGGCAUGUCUAUAUGUGUGCUGGACUGUACUGUCACAUUUAGUACUUAAGUAUUAAAUGACUCCACAGUCCCAAUGCCACAUGGGUCACUACCAAAGCUACUGUGCAGUAGCAUCAGGAGUCACGGUUCAUACCCACCAACGCUACAGUGACUUACUGUCUUGUGUAGAGGUGCCCAGUGAGGCUCAGGAGUGAGAAUAUAGGCAAGGGUCCUUCUUGCAGUGUCUGAAAGAUUUAGAAAAUUUGUGAACAGGCAUCUCCAUGAUGACUUCAGUGAAGCUUUUCUAUAAUUCAGUGUUAGAAAUGGUGCAGGUUUGGGCUGGUGCCUGAAAAACAAGACUGUGAAACUAACAGCUGAGGCAAGUGCCAAAAAUCGCAUUAAUGAUGACUACAUGUCCAUGCAUUUUCCUCCUUAAAGGGGGUAGAGAGUAUGUGCAGUGGAAAUGUAUAAUGGGUUUAUCUUGACAAUGUGCCUUUUUACAUAAAAGAAGGCGAUUAAGAGUUAGAUGGUUUUAAAGGUAUUUAGACUUCUUCAGUGACAGGUGGGGGUUCUAAAACCUUUAGAAAUCUGGGCUCAAGUGUUUGCUCCGAAGCCUAUUAUCCCAAGAAUAAUCCUUAUGUGAAUCUCAGUUAAGUUAAUGCCAUUUCUCAGAACUGGGAAUUACAGGGAACAUGCAGGCCCAUUCCUUAAAACAGCCCUUUCUCUAUUCUUCUCUCUACAAAAGAGAAAAGAAACCCAAUGCACACUGCCUGGUCAUUAUUAGUAGUAGGUAGUCAUGGUUUUUACUCCUUGUUUUGCAAUGAGAAGAAUAAUAUUGUAUAGAUGGCAAAGGGGACACAACAAGGAUAUUUCUGAAGAACCAUUUCUUCCACCCUAAACACUUUCUAAGUAAGCUGAAAAUUAAGGUUUGUGUUCUCCCUACAUGGAUUGAUUGGCUUGUUACUUUUUGUUACAAAACACAAAUGGAAUUUUGAUAUGGAAUUACUAUGAUCAACUGAGCAGAGGUAGUUAAGACUUAAAAGAGAGUGGAGCAGGAUUAGCCCAGAGUACUCAGGUACAGUUACCAGCAUCAUCUUGAGUUAUUUUUAGAACCGAGGACUACCUGGAAGAGAGCUCUGUGCUAGGAAACACUGUGGGAAUAUUACAAAGCAGUUAAUAUCAGUACAGCUUGUGCUUUUAGUAAGCAUCUGUGAAAUUAAUCGAGAACAAUUCCACAUCGCCCUUGUUUAGGUUACUUGCUCCAGUUCAGGGCCAAAACCACACAACUCUACCAGUUUAACACUAGCUGAAAAUCUGCCCUUUUGUGUUGCAACUCAGUUUUUUUGUGUGUGAAUUCUCUCUCUUACUUAUAUUAAAACUUUAGUAUUUUCACAGUAACCUCAUUGGCUGAAGCUUUUUCUUUUAAGAACCAACUUGAGAAAAGCUUGCAGUAAUACCUUAAGUGGGCCAGGAACAGAAUCCCUCCAUCUCCUUAAGGACCCACACUAGUAUACAAAGUGCCACAAGUCACUGAAUUGUGGAACAGACUUAUUUUUGCAUCUUAAAGUAUUCCUGAUGUUACUAUAGGAAGAGGGACUUGAGGAAAAGAUCUCCAAGAGGUUAUAUUUGAAAUAUUUAUUCAUAUGUUCCUUUUGAUGUUCAUGAUUCCUAAUGAUCAGUGUAAGAUGGUUGUAGAUAUAUUUAAAUUCUCAGCAUUAGCACUUGUAGACAGGGAAGCUUUUGUAUUCUGAAUAUAUGAAAAUGAGUUACCUGUAUAAGCUGUUCUUAUUAAACUAUUAUUGCCCUUUCCAUAAAUGA